CAACAACCUCGUCGAUACAGUCGCCAGCCAUGACUAAAUCAAUGUUUGAACGCACCAAGGACAAGUUUGCUCGUAAGAACUCAUCAUCUUCCCAAGCAGAGUGGAGGCUCUCACGGCGCGAUGUGAGGGGAGUCAACGACGCGGGGAUGUCUUGGAAUACUAACAACCCAUUCCUCGACCCAUUAUCUGCCACGCAGCCUAGCAACGAGACAUCCCAAGAUGCCCCUCCCGCAUAUACCGCCUCCGCUGGUCCCUCUACAUCAUCCAGCCUAGCUAGCAUCACGUCCGCCGAAGACAAGUAUGCCUUCCUGUCCACCUUUGACACCGUCUUCCUCAUCGACGACUCCGGUGCUAUGGCGGGCCGGUCCUGGCGAGAGGUUCGCGAUGCUAUCACUCCGAUCUGCACGUCGCACGACCCGGAUGGCGUCGACAUCUACUUUCUCAACCACAAAUCUGGUGCUCGUGGCUCCGCUACUCAAGCUCCCAACGGCUACGACAAUAUCCGCAACCCGGCCGGGGUCCAGAGCCUCUUCGAGUCGGUCAAGCCCAGCCGUGCUACUCCCGCAGGCAACCGCCUGCAGUCCAUCCUCCACUCCAAGUUGAAAGAUUACCGUGUCAAAGCAAAAGUUGGAGAAUAUGAAGUGGAUGCGCUACCUGACACUGGCGCCAAGUACAACUUCAUCUCACAACAAUUCGUCGUGAAGGGUUGUCUCGUACCCGACAACACGACGCCUGAAGCCAUUCAGCUACCCUGUGGGAAAACAGUCAUUUCUCCAGGAACUGUCAAAGUUCCGUUCGUAUUCCAAGGAGAAAUCAAGAAAUAUGUGCUGGACUGCCGGAUUCUCCCUGGUUGUACCAGCGACCUCGUUCUUUCCGGUUCGUUCUUGCGCGCUACGAAGACUCUCACCAAAUUCAAGAACCGAAUUCAAGGAGUACUACGCAAUCUCAAGACUUGCCCCCGAGUCAGUCUUCUCGGCAAUGAAGAACAGCGCCUCUGGGGGCGGCUGAACGGACACCAUGUUCUUGCCCUUCCAGACACGGGGUCCGACGUCAUGCUGGUGUCGGCUCAGUGGGCCAAGUCAAACUACCUUGAGGUUGACUACAGUCCAGAGCAUCACCUCGAGCUUGAGCAAGGAGAUGGCUCGAAGUUCUUCACUAUGGGUUGCAUCCACAACGCAACAUGGACUUUCGGUGACUCCGACCAGCAAACCAGCUGCGACUUUUACGUUGUCAACGACCUUCCUGUAGACAUUUUGUUCAGCAACGAGUUCAUCUUCGAGUUUGACUUAUUCUCCAAGUUCGAACACCUCAUGGUCGAUGACGAGUUUUCGCUUGGAUUGCCAGGAUUCUACAACGUCAGGUUGAUUAGCAAGUACAGCCCUGAGCUAGCUAGGCUUGAGGAGGAGUCCAACAAUGACUUGAGGUCUCCUAGCGCAGUCAGAGUCGAGCGAGUACGCCGCGACCGAAUCAGAGAUACAAUAGAUGCACUGGACGAUCCGGCGAAGCAAAGUGAGGCUCGGGUCAAAGAGAAUCAACGCCAGAAGCAGUGGGACACGCGUCGCAAAGAACACGAACGGCAGCAGAAGUUGGCGGCAAUCGACCCUGGGCAAGCUACUGCCCAGGGAGAAGGGGAUGGCCAGCAAUCGCCGAAGCCAAAGAAGCACUGGUGGGAAAGUAAUUUCUUCGUGCGCGAAUUGUAAGCAUAAUGCAGGCUGCCAUUGAUUGAACCUCAACAAAGAGUCUCCAAGUCGGCGGGCAUGAGGCAUCACGAAGAGGUGGGUUGGGAGAUGUCUAUAGAGCGAACACUUGCGUAUCUUUUUUUCCUCCCUUUCUUACAGCCAUGCCACAAGGGUACAGCAAAAAAAAA